GUAACCUCAGGCACGGCUGUCACUCAAGAUGUCUCUUCCUACGCCUGAUAGCUCAGGUAUAUUGCCAGCCUCGCUCCUCUGGGCUCAUCAACUUCGCCGCGAGCACAAGGCUCUCGUGGGGCAGAUCACGGCGCUCGAGUCGAGCGUGGAUAAAACGAAGAAGGAAGUAGGUGGGCUGAAUGGGAAGGCCGGCGUGGUGGAUAAAACAAUUGUUAGCUUGGAGAAGGCUGCUGGCGAGAUGAGAGAUGGAAUGGAUGUAUUGAGGGACGAUGUCAGGGGAGUGAAAGCUGCUGUGGAGCGGUUGGUUGAACAGCGGAUACUGGAUUGGGAGGAGAGGAAGCGAUUGGAAGAAGAGGCGGAGAGGGAGAGGGGCAUGACACGAGAGAAUAGGAGCUUGAUGGACAGGCUAAUGGAAGAGGUUAGGGGUUUAAAGGAGGAAGUAGAUGAGUUGAGAAAAGAGUGUGUGAAGUCGAAGCGGACACCGGGAAGCUUGCCAUCACAGCGAUACUCAACCUUAUCAGAACCGCCUGCCGCUCAACCAUCCCCAAAGGCGCCGAAGCGCGCCCGAAAGUCCACCCGUGCUCUGUCGAGGAUAUCGGAAACACCAUCUAGUUUCCGUUUCCGUCGCAUAGAGCGCCCUCCAUCCGUGGAACUGAUACCGGAAUCCUUACCAUUGCCUCCUGCAGAAUCACCAGCGCCCAUGGUUGACUUUGAUUUUACCCAAAUGUCACCAAUAUCAGCCCCGCCGUCUGAGGAUUUUCUAAUGGGACAACAAAAGCAACCAAGCCGCGGGACGCAGCCUGAGGACCCCAUCCGGUCCCUAAAGCAAAACGCGCUCUCUUUAUCCAACUAUCUUGAGCUAGGACGGUCCGUGCUGGCAAAAUUUCCGAGGCGACGUGACGAAAGUAAAGUCGUGCAGGCGUUCUGGAAUGGAUUUAACGAUCCGGAUGAUCAGAGCAUCGUGGAAGUGGGACUGGAGAGGGAUGGGUGGAGUUGGAAUGCACUUCAGAGUGCGGUGAGGGAUUUGAUAGAGCAAAAGAAGAAGCAGCGGUCGCGGGCGCAGCAGAAUGCUGCAAACCGCAGGAGGAACACCACUAAACAGAGGAAGAGGGUUAUCCCUAUUGUAUGGUCAACAAAAGAGGAAGAAAAUGAGUGGUUAGCUCAGAUGGGCGGAUGGGGGGCUAAAGCCAUAAGCAAUUGUUCGUUCGAAUAG